AUGACAUACGAUCUCAAGGAUCGCAUUCUGCGAAUAACGAUGCGCUCACUUUAUCUUGCAAGUUUUGCAGUGUCUAUUCUUAGUGUGUCAGGUCAGACGGCACCUCAAUAUGGCCAGUGCGGAGGAAUGGGUUGGACAGGAGCUACUACCUGUCCUUCCGGCUGGACCUGUGUUUAUUCAAACGCAUAUUACUCACAGUGUCUUAUGGGUACUGCCAGCACUACUACAAGUCGCACAACAACCGUUAUACCUCCGACGAGUGGCUCAACAAGCAAGAGCUCAAGCUCAACACUCAGCUCAACACCGACCGGCCCGAGCGGUCCGUCCACCACUCUCGCCCCUGGGUACUCUUUCGUUCGCGCAGUUGAGGACCCCAAUUUCCACAAAUACCUGAUGUCGCAGGUCGUCAACACGGCCUCUACUGCGGUCCUUGGAGACUACACCAAGGCUGCUCAGUUCCAAAUUGUCAACGGACAACUUAUCCAGAAUGCGGGUGGGACCAACCUAUAUGCUGUCGUUACCCCGCCAGCAAACUCGAGCGUGGCAUACCUCGCCGUCUCAUGGUCAACUAAGCCCGACACGCUUGGCACGUUCGUUUUCUCUGGAGAUAGUUUGGAAUGGAGCAGCCCUUCUGUGAAGCGGCAACAGAACAACGCCUGGCUGGUCUGUCCGAGCAAUAACACCUUGUUCGUUUAUAUAAAUCUGGGAGCCUAUGGAUAUAUGACGCCAGCGGGUUGCGCAGACGAGACACUGAACGCGUACACAGGCACGACUGCAGUACCUUAG